AUGGCUUCUUCUUCUGGCCGCCACCCCGUCUACCGAGGCGUUCGCCGUCGCAACACCGGCAAAUGGGUCUCCGAAAUCCGCGAGCCAAGGAAGCCCAACCGUAUUUGGCUGGGAACUUUUCCCACCGCCGAAAUGGCCGCCGUUGCUUACGACGUUGCCGCUCUUGCCCUAAAAGGCCAGGACACCGAGCUUAAUUUCCCUAAUUCCGCCUCGUCUCUCCCCAUCCCCGCUUCUAGGUCACCAUCGGAUAUUCAAGCGGCAGCUGCGUCUGCUGCUGCUGCUCUUGGAGCGGCUGCAGCGGCCAUGGAAGCACGGAACAAUAGCGGUUCUCGUCGUGGAAGUCAUUCUGAUGACGUCGUGUAUGAAGCAAGAUAUGGUCAAGAAUAUGAAUUGGAGAGUCAGUUCAUGGACGAGGACUUGAUCUUUGAUAUGCCUAAUGUUCUAAUGAAUAUGGCGGAAGGAAUGCUUCUUAGCCCUCCUCGUUUCAACAACCAUGGCGGAGACGAAGACCGCGACUUCGGCACGGACCAAAACCUUUGGAAUUUUCCCUAGGUAACAAUAAUAUAUAUAUACCAUAUUAUAUAGAACUAUAUAUA